AUGAAAGUUCGAAGUACGAAAUACUUACCAGUUAGCGUGUCCAGCAUUUGUGAUCCACAUCUUGGAACCAUUAAGAAUGUACUCGUCUCCUUUCUUCUCGCACUUUGUCUUGAUUCCGGCGACGUCGGAUCCAGCUCCUGGUUCAGUGACUGCAUAGGACUGAAAAUGGAUAAUGAGACUACUUCUCAGCCAAUGGCUGAAUCAACUUACGGCAACGAAGGGGUUCUCAACCAUUCUUCCCAAGAAUCUCUUCUUGAUAUCAUCAUUGGCGCACAAGAUGAGUGGUGUGAGAGCGAGAUCGUUGGCCAUGAUAGCAGUGGCGAUUCCCGAGCAUCCAUAGGCCAUCUCCUCGCUGAUGAUACAGUUGGAGACCAUGUCUACUCCAAGUCCUCCGUAAGCUUCUGGAAUAUCGGCGAUGAGGUAUCCUUGAGCAUGAGCCUUCUUGAUGAUUGGCCAUGGGUACUCCAUAGUUCUGUCGUAUUCAGCGGCAACUGGAAUGACCUCAUCGGCGACAAACUUGCGAACGUUUGCACGGAAUUCUGUUUGGUCAGCGGUCAAGUUGAAGUCGAUUCCCGUAGACAUUGCCUUGUUGGUAGUGCUGAACAUGCGUGUGCAUUUCGACAAAUUUCUGGAGAGCAUCUUCUGAAAAUAAGCAUUUUUAGUACAAUCAAAGACUGGAUCAAUAAGAGUAACGACUGGCAAAAAAUAAAUAGGUGGGAGGAACACACAACAAGACGGAUUGUGUGUGUGGCGUCCGUCUGCUAUCAUCAACUGGAGAGAAAAAUGUGUUGUGAAGGUAGAGAGGAAAAAAGUGGGUAG